UCUCCACAUAACUCCAAAUUACAACCUUCCAUCCCCAACAUUUUCAUCGUUUAAUGUCCUCUAUUUCUAACACUGGAAUUAAGAUUCAAUUUCUUAGUCUUUUUUCUCACUCUUUUUCUCUUCCAAUCUUCAGGUUAAGUUCCUUCUCUUUUCUUCACCCUUAAUUAGUUACCCUUUUUUGUGUGUAUAUAAAUCUAAAUUUGUUUGUAAAUUUCCAUGUACAAGAUCUUUGAAGCAUGUAAAAGUUCCUGUUAUUUCUGAAUUUGCAGCCCCUGUUCCUGUUUGACCUCUGUUUAGAACUCUGGGAAAAUCCUCUGUUUUCCUUUUUUUUCUUCCCUUUGUUCUUUUUUCAUUCAUUGAAUUAUUUUAUGUGCUAAUUUGUUAAAUUUUUAGUGAUAUAAGAUAUUUGAAGUUUGUAAAGUUUCUUUUUGAUUCUGAGUCUACAAAACCCUGCUCUUGUUUGACCUCUUUUUAGACCCUGGAAAAUCCUCGGUUUUCUUUCUCGGAAAAUCCUCUGUUUUUUCCUGGAAAACCUUUUCUUUUUCUCUGGAAAUUCAUUGACAUCUUUGUUUUUUGUUUUUUUUUAAACCCGGUCCUUGAAAAUGAAAAAAACUGAUUCCAGAGCCUUCCCUGAACUUAUAUCCGAGCUAGUAGCCUCAGUAGAAGAGGUGUCCUCAAUUGCUAAAGACUCAGAGAAGGGAUUAUUCAUUGAAUUCUCAUGUCUUCUCAAUAAACUUGGUUUAAUUUUGAGUGAUAUCAAGGAUAACAAAGAUGUUAUGGACACGAGAACGAUCCGAAAAGCGAUUGAAUCGAUCGAGAAAGAGCUUCAGCGUGUGAAGACUUUGAUCAAAAGCCCUGAUUCAAAGCAACCGAAUACAUGGAUUGAAAAUGUGACACAAGAUCUUGGGAGAUCCUUAGGCCUCGUGUUGUUUGCUAGCAUUGAUCUUCAUCUGGAAAUGAAAGAAAAGAUCAGUGCAUUGCAUAAGGAAUUCAUGAAUGUCAGGUUCAAUGGAAGCUUAGCUCCGAGUUCUAGUCCAAGUCUGGGACCGAGUCCGAGCUCGAGUCGGCCUCCUAGUCCAAGCCAUGGAUAUGAGUUUGUCACUGCCAAUGCAUCAGAGACAGAAAUUGAGGAAGAAAGAACUGAAAUCAUAGAGGAAAGAUCAAAUCUUACUAUCGACGAUGUCAUCUUGCAACUCAAGUAUGGCGAUGAUGAAGAGUUCAAUUUCGCGCUUUUGUGGUUUAACGAGUCGAUUAGGCAAGGAUUGAUUACGAAUGAAUGGAUAAAUGAAGGAGGCAUUGUUCUCAUUCUAGUGAAUAGGUUGAGUUCAUGUAAGCCGAACAACCGGUUGAUCAUUCUUCGGAUAUUGCAAAAACUUGCUUCCGAAAAUUCCGAAAACAAGGAGAAGAUGGCAGAUGCAGCAUCGUUAUCGGCAUUGGUGAAAUCGUUGACACGAGAUACGGAAGAGAGGAGGGAAGCUGUAGGGCUGUUGCUUGAUCUAUCAGACCUUCAAGCAGUUUGGAGACGGCUUGGUCGAAUUCAGGGAUGCAUUGUUAUGUUAGUUACAAUGCUUAAUGGCGACGAUCCAAUUGCUUCAAGCAAUGCAGGGAAGUUGUUAAAUGCGUUGUCGAGCAAUACGCAGAAUGCGCUUCAUAUGGCCGAAGCCGGUUAUUUCAAACCGUUAGUGCACUACUUGAAGGAAGGCUCCGACAUGAGUAAGAUCCUCAUGGCAACUGCGUUAUCGAGAAUGGAGCUAACAGAUCAAAGUAGAGCUUCCCUUGGAGAAGAUGAAGCGGUCGAGCCUCUCGUAAAGAUGUUCAAUGCCGGAAAGCUUGAAGCGAAGUUAUCUGCACUGAAUGCAUUGCAAAAUUUGUCGAAUUUGUCAGAAAAUGUACAACGGUUGAUCAAUUCCGGUAUAGUGGUAUCUCUGCUUCAGCUCCUUUUCUCUGUAACAUCCGUGCUCAUGACUCUCCGGGAGCCAGCUUCAGCAAUUCUUGCACGAAUCGCAAAGUCAGAAUCAAUUCUUGUUAAUCAAGAUGUAGCACAGCAAAUGCUCUCCCUUUUAAACCUCUCAAGUCCUAAAAUUCAAUGUCACCUUCUGCAAGCACUGAAUAGCAUUGCAGGCCAUCCUAAUGCAUCGAAAGUUAGAAGUAAAAUGAAGGAAAACGGUGUGAUUCAUCUUCUUCUACCAUUUCUAACAGAAAGCAACAUGAAAAUCAGGACCGGCGCAUUGGAUUUGCUUUACACUCUCUCGCAACAUUUACCGGAAGAAUUGACCGAACAGCUCAGAGAAAGCCAUUUGAACACCAUUGUUAACAUUAUCUCAUCAUCACCAUUGGAGACUGAUAAGGCUGCUGCAGUUGGCAUACUGAGCAACAUACCAAUCAGCAAUAAGAAAGCGACUGAAGUUCUUAAGAAAUCAAAUCUGCUACCAAUUUUGAUAUCCAUGAUGAAUUCAAGCCCUUCAAUGAUAUCGAAUUCAUUAGCAGAAGGUGUUGCGGGCGUACUUAUUCGAUUCACAGUUCCUUCAGAUAAAAAACUACAGCUUCUCGCAGCACAAAACGAGGCGAUCCCAUUGCUCGUCAAGCUGCUAUCUUGCGGAUCAUUAGUAGCAAAAUGCCGAGCCGCGGCCGCACUCGCGCAGCUAUCACAGAACUCGGUAUCACUUCGGAAAUCGAAAAAGAAAAGUUGGUUCUGUGUCCCUCCAUCGGCAGCAGCGUUCUGCAACGUCCACGACGGGUACUGCAUUGUUAACAACACGUUUUGUUUGGUGAAAGCGGGUGCAAUCCCGCCAUUGAUACAAAUCCUGGAAGGCAAGGAAAGGGAAGCUGAUGAAGCCGUUCUGAAUGCAAUGGCAACGCUAUUGCAAGACGAAAUCUGGGAAAACGGAAGCGAUUACAUUGCUAAAAACGCAGGCGUGGAAGCGAUUAUCAAAAUCAUGGAAACCGCAAGUGUGAAGGCUCAGGAAAAAGCGCUUUGGAUAUUGGAAAGGGUAUUCGGAGUAGAGGAACUUAGAGUGAAGUAUGGGGAAUCAGCGCAAGUGGUGCUAAUUGAUUUAGCUCAAAAGGGUGAUCCCAGGCUAAAAUCAACGACUGCAAAAUUGUUGGCCCAGCUUGAACUCUUACAAUUUCAGUCUAGUUACUUUUGAGACUACCAUUCCUCAAUGUAUCGUUACAGUUUUGUAAAUGGACCAACCAACAAAUUUUUGUAAGGUUUUGUUUAGUUUAUUUAUGAGUCUGUAAUGGAUAGCAAAGCUGAAUCCUUUUAA